AUGGCGGCCAAAUUUUCCAUGGCCAACACGUCGGGGCUCUUCGACUCGGCAGCCCAUGUAAAAGCGUCGGAACGAAUGCAGGAUGCAAUGGAGGAGUUGAAAGUGAACAACCAGCGGCAAGAAGAAGCUCAUGGGCAGCAUUUGGAGCAGGAGAAUCGACAAGAGGAGCUUCGAGUGCGUCGAGUGAACGAGGCACUUGCAAUUAAGUCUGUGCAGCUGGAGGAAGAUCACACUUACGUGGGACUGCUGCACCACGAAACCGACGAUCUCGAGUCGGAGGAUGAGGCGAUGCUGGACGAGUUCAAUGAAGACCCGGAGCUCGAACGAAUACGCGUGGCAAGGUUGAAGCAGCUAAAGCUCGAGUAUGAAGAAAGUCAAGCGUUGAUGGCAAAAGGUCAUGGUGAGUACCGUGAGAUUACGCAGGAUGAGUUUCUAAAAGAGGUGACGAGCAGUCCAUUGGUGGCUGUGCACUUCUAUCAUCGCGACUUUGAGCGCUGUAAGAUCAUGGACAUGCAUUUGACACAACUAGCUCGACGCUGCAUCGAGUGCAAGUUCCUGAAAAUGAACGCAGAAAAGGCUCCAUUUUUCGCGGAGAAAUUAAUGAUCCGAGUUCUGCCAACAGUCGUGUGCUUUAAAGACGGCGUGGCUUUCCCGAAUCGCGUCGUUGGAUUUGACGGACUCAUGGACAAUGACGAAGAUGAUGAAGAGUCCAAGUCUCGUUGUCCAACAAACUACCACGCUUCAUCUGGCGACAAGUUUCGAACUGCAGCUCUCGCCCGUAAAUUGGUGGAGAUUGGCGCUAUUCGUGAACACGACGAAAGCGAUCAGUAA